AUGGAAGAAGCAGCUUAUCAAUUUGAUGAAAUCAAGUCUAAGAUACCAACCAAUUUGGAACAAGUCACCGAAUAUAUCGACUUAAUCAAAUCUAAAAUUCCAACCUCAUAUGAUGAAUUACAGCCACAUAUUGAAUAUUUCAAAUCCAUCAAACCAGAAGAUGUCAUUAAUGAUUUCAAGAAUCUUAAAGUAUCUCCAAUUACUGUAUCUGUAACAUUGGUUAUUUUGACCACUUUGUUAAUAUUUGGUAAAUUACUUGGUGGCAAUGGUAAGCAACAUCAUGAAACCCCAAAGAAGAAGUCUAAAAAGAAAUUGACUAAAGCUCAAAAGUCAAAUAAACAAAUUCAAGAAAUUUUGGAUUUCGUUGAACUGGAAUAUGUCCCAGAAAUUGACAAAUUCAUAGAAACAUACAAAACAUUAUCUUCAGAAGAUAUCGAAAUCAAGUUCAAUUAUUUUGAAGAAAUGUUGUUGAAAGAAUUGUUGAAGUUGGAUGCAAUUGAUGUCAGUGGAAAUGAAAUCUUGAGAGAUAACAGAAAAAAAGUCAUCAAAUUUAUUCAAGAUCAUCAAAAGAGAUUAGAUAAAUUCAAGAAAGAAAUCAAAGCUUAA